AUGGAUCAGUUUAAACAAGCCCUGGAAGGCAUUUUCCGUGACAGUAUUCCUGCUCCUGUCCUUAGGGCCUUUGCGCCACUGUAUCAGGCGCUACUGUCGCUGCAAGAUGCUGUUACUUCUAGUCGUAACUGCUACUACUGGCGCGCGAACCCGCUCAAGUGUGUGGAAGAGGAUGUCCAAACGGUCACCUCGUUUAUGCAGGCGAGUGAAGCAUCAUCACGUCUUUGUCCUCAACAGAGCGCCACACUCCUGAAGUGCCACAUGACAGAACCUGCUAGAGCCCUCUUUUUUUUUGCCGUGACGAAGAGUGGGAGUGGCGUACGUGCCUCAUGGAUCAAACUGGCAUCCGCUUCUGGCCUUAUGCGAAUGCACCGAUUGUUGCUCCGUGGAGUAAUGGAGGUCAAACAGAGGAUUUUCUCCUGGAGGAUCGCUUCUUCUACGAGAACUUUUCAUGGUGGCGACGAAAGGCUGCGAUGCUCGCCGUGCGUCGCCGGGAGUUGGAGGUACAGGCCCAGAGAAAAUAUUGGUUAG